AUUGGUUUCACCCUCUUGAAAAUAUCGCCUUCUUCAGGCAUUGUUUACUUCAUCAUCAUCAUCAUCAUUUAUUAUUUAUACCCCGCCCAUCUGGCUGGGUUUCCCCAGCCACUCUGGGCAGCUUCCAACAGGAAAUUAAAAACACAAUAAAACAUGAAACAUUAAAAACUUCCCUAAACAGGGCUGCCUUCAGAUGUCUUCUAAAAGUCAGAUCGUUUUUUAUUUCCUUGACAACUGAUGGGGUGCGUUCCACAGGGCGGGUGCCACUACCAAGAAGGCCCUCUGCCUGGUUCCCUGUAGUCUCACUUCUCGCAGAGAGGGAACCGCCAGAAGGCCCUUGGUGCUGAACCUCAGUGUCCGGACUGAACGAUGGGGUUGGAGACGCUACUUCAGGUAUACUGGACCGAGGCCAUUUAGGGCAGGCACCCCCAAACUGCGGCCCUCCAGAUGUUUUGGCCUACAACUCCCAUGAUCUCUAACUAACAGGACCAGUGGUCGGGGAAGAUGGGAAUUGUAGUCCAAAACAUCUGGAGGGCUGAAGUUUGGGGGUGCCUGAUUUAGGGCUUUAAAGGUCAGCACCAGAAUUGUGCUCGGAAAUGUACUGGGAGCCAAUGCAGGUCUCUCAGGACCGGUGCUAUAUCGUCUCGGCAGCCGCUCCCAGUCACCAGUCUAGCUGCCACAUUCCGGACUAGUUGUAGUUUCCGGGUCACCUUCAAAGGUAGCCCUACGUAGAGUGCAUUGCCGUGGUCCAAGCGGGAGAUAACCAGAGCAUGCACAUACUUCACUCAAUUAAGGUCACAUGGAGAAAAAGCAGGUAUGUGACUCUCUGGUUGCUCUGGUCAGCCAAAGGGACUUGAGCCACCACAUGCCAUUCAAGAAAGAAUACCAACAAGGGAAGAUCAGCCUGUCUCCAACUACAGGCUUCCCCAGCCUGGUGCCCUCAAGAUGUUGCAAGACUGCAGCAUCCAUCAGGCCCAGCUAGCAUGACCAGUGGUCCAGGAUGAUGUUCUCCCAUUGGUUGUUUGGGCAGGGCCAUUUUUCCCAAGCAGGAUGUCUGCUUUGCAUGCAGUUGGUCCAAGUUUUGAUCCCUGGCAUCUCCAGGUAAAGGCUGGGUUAGAAUCCCGGAGAGCUGCUUCCCAACAGCAUAGACAAUUUCUUCUUUUUCUUCUAUCACUCAUAGCCAAGUAAGAUUGUCUUCCAUGAACACAGUCUUAACAGUGAGUCCGUAAGUGACUGUGGAGGCCAAUUCUGGAUCCACACGUCCUUCUACAGUGAGGACAUUGGUUUCCGGGCAGGAGUUGAUCAUGGUGAGGGUUUGCCAAGCGUGCCUUCCUCUUAGCACGUUUCUCCCUUGCAUCCUGAGUUUGAGUGUCCCCAAAGCCCAUGACUCCUUUGGUAAAGGCUGUUCUCCAACUAAAGCGCUCGCAGGCCAGUGUUUCCCAGUUAUCGGUGUUUAUACUACAUAUUUUUUAGAUUUGCCUUAGAGAGUCUUUAAGCCUCUUUUGUUGACCUCCAGAAUUACGCUUUCCAUUGUUAAGUUUGGAAUAGAGUAGCUGCUUUGGAAGACGAUCAUCAGGCAUCCACACGACAUGACCAGUCCAACGAAGCUGAUGUUGAAGAAUCGUUGCUUCGACACUGGUGAUCUUUGCUUCUUCCAAGCAAUGCCUCCUAGAUCGCUUCAGACAGUGUGCAUGUUUGUCGAGGGGAGUGUGUCGGGACGAUGCUACUGGAAAAACAACCUGGAGACACUCCUGAGAUGCAUCGCUGCCACGUUUGAUGUGAUCAUGCAGGACCAGGUAGCCGGGAAUGAGGAGUGGCGUUACAUCACGGUGAAGGUGUGCCUGCAGCUUUUCAAGUGGAUGCCCCUUGAGAUUUUGCCCCUUGCGUGGGAAGGAACCGAGAACAGCAAAACCCUUCAAAGGAUUUUGAGCUCUCUGCUGCAAAGCAUUGUGGGAAAGGAAACCUGCAAGGACACUCGGCUGCUGGCUGCUACUGCUGUGAGCAUGUUGGUCAACACAGCGCCAGAGCCCCAGAGAGGAGCCAUGGCUGUCCUGGGUCUCUAUCAACUUCUGGACCUCGGUGGUUGCUCUGUUGCGCAGAGACAAGAUGCUAAAGCAGCCGGCCAUCAAGGAGAAUGCUGGUUUGGCACGCUCCGUGUUCCCCGAACUCCUUGGAGCCCAGACGGACUGGAAAGGGUGGUACUCACCCGGGGCUUGUUAGCCUGUUGCAAGAAGGAGGUCCUGAGCUGCCGGCUGGAUGAUACCACGCAAGAGGCUUGUCUGUUGCUGGAUGUCCUGUUCCCAGCUCUUUUGGUCCUAAUGGAAGAGCCAGAUUACUACUGCUUCCAAGUGUUUUCUCUGUGGCUUCGACGUGUCCGAGAAAGUCUGGAGGAGAUCUGGGAAGGGCAGAGGAGCCGGGUGCUGGCAGACCAGUCUAGACUUCUCGAGAGACUGACCCAGUUCCUCUGGAACAAUGCAGAGAGCCCGGUGGAAGGGGUGUCUGAUUUCAUCCACAGCUCCUUCCAGCUCCUCCUAGAGAUCUACAGCUUAGAGUGUGAUCGCUUUGUGGACCCGGAGAGACCCCUCUAUGGGCAGUUCCUCCAGAGAGUCAUCCUUAUGCCCUGGCAGGCCAGAGCCCGGUAUUUUCCUCUCAUUUCGGUUCUGCCCUACCUGGGUCCUGAAAAGGUUCUGGAUGCUUACAAAGAUCUCCCGCAGCAUCUCUUGAACUGCCUGUCGACCAACCACUUGUGCCCUGUCGCCUCCGAUUUGUACAAAACCAUCCUCCGCCUGCAGCGCAGAGUUUGGGCCGGGAGGCGGGAGCAGGUCCCAGAGGAAGAGCUGGCUCGGGAGUGGGGCCGCUGCUGGCUUGGGGUUCUCUCCAGGGCCUUGACCUCUCCCUCCCCUUCGCUCCAGAGCAACGCCUCCAACUACCUCCUGGGCUGGACCUUGCAAAUUUUCCCCGCCUCUUACUCUUUGUUGGACGAGAGUUUUAGGAGCAGGGAGCCCUCUCAGCUGCGGGCCUGGGUCGCCUUGCUGAACGCCCAGAGGACGAUCUCAGGGGCCUUCCCCUCCAACGCAGAGACCCUCGAAAGGCUCCCCUCCUGCCUCUUCUCCAAGGAGGAGAACGUCCGCAUGGCGGCGCUGAGUCUCCUCUGCUCUGCCCCCAGGACCAACCAGGCCUUGUCCGAGACGGAGGCCCAGCUCCUGAAAGAAGCUUUGCCGCUGAGCUUGAACUGCGAUUCCUCGUCCUUCCGGCAGCACCUCCAAACCAUGGUUAAGAAGGCCCUGGUCAGGCUGAGGGACAGCUCUCUUGCCCUGCUACGGAAGCAGGAAUCGGACAAGAAGGAACGCUGCGGCGGGAAGGAUCCGGAAACGGCUUUGGGGCAAGCCGUGGAUUUCGUCGAGUGGCUGCUGCAGCUUUGCAUCUCCUCCCUGACGUCGGGCUCCAACUUCCAGAGGAGGAAAACCGCCCUUCUUCUCCUGGCGGCCAUCAUGGAGACCUGCACGGACACCUGGAGCCCAGAGAGAAAGAAGGGGCAGCCUCCUCGCAAUAUGGCUGCGCUACUGAGCUGGGCAAGAAGCAAGGGCUGCUGGGACUUUUUCUCGAGAAACAACACAUUGGCACUGCUGAGCUGCUUGCAGGACAGUACGAACGAGAUCCGUGAGCUGGCAUCUGAGCUGCUCGUCCGCUACUUCCCACCUGCUUUCCCAGAAUCCAUUGCUGUGGCUCUCUUCGAACUGGCGCAGGAAGCCAUGUGCAGCCCUAGAGUCCCAGAGGCGGAAGCAGGAGCGGUGCUGAUGAAAGCCGUCCUCCAGAAAACAGACAGUCUUGCGUUGAAACGAAUGUUGCCGGGGGCAAAGGAAGAUCUCUACCAGGCCUUCCUCAAGCAUCUCCUUGGUGUGCUGCAGACACAUUUCGCCAGGGCUGUCCACAACUUGUUACUAGCAGCCCACACCUCACCAAUACAUGGGGUGAUUUCUGCUCUGAGGCAAUGCCUGCUGGAGGUCCCAGAGGUGUCAGCCUCAAUGUUGAAGCCAGAGCAGGCGGAGAGCUGGCAGCUUUUCCUUAGCGGUUUGGUGAGCACCGUGCGAGACGUCAGCAAUUUGCUUUUGGGAGUGUUGCAGAGCAAGCGGCCCUUGAGCUUAGACCAGCAAGCUGCAGCUCCUUCAUUUGCAGACAUGGGGAAUGCGAUCAGUUUCCUUAUCCAUGUGGGGAAGGAUCCUGGGCUCCCUAAUGAGGACGAUUCAGUUCUACUCUCGGAGGAACACAGUCUGAUCCUGACCUGUUGCUGGGUCUCAGUGAAAGAAAUCGGGUUGCUUUUGGGAGGCCUAGCGGAGAAGAUUCUGCCCCUGGCGCCCCCGGCAGGCUGUCUCCUGCCGCUUCCGGUUGUAAAGAUGGCUACUGAGGUGUUCCAGGAAAUCUUGCUAACGUGCCGCCACUGGGGAGCGGUGGAAGGCUGCAGCCUGGGAUUCACGAAAUUCUGUGCCACUUUGCUAAGCCACCCGGACCCAGAGCUCCAAGAUAUACCAAGGAAAGCGCUAGAGCAGGGUUUGGCUUUGUUAAGCAGCCCCAGGAACUGCUCCAUCACCCGCAGGGCAGCCGGCUUCCCCAUGCUCUUCCUGUGCAUCGUGGUCGGGGAAGACCCCUCCAAGACGCGUCCUCUCCUGGCGAAAUGCAUUCAGAGGCUGCUGGCUUUAGCCGGCGAGCCUCUCCCCGGAGAUUGGGACCAGACAGUGGACUUGCCUCAGGUUUCGGCUCUCCACGUGCUGCAGACUCUGGUCCGUGGCUCCGGUCUUGGCACAGCCCUGAACCAGUACAUUACGCCCAUGGUGGUGUUAUUUCUCGAGGCGCUCCGCUCCCCCAGUUGGGCCAUGAGAAACGCAGCCAUCCAGCUAUUUGGUGCCCUGUCUGUCCGUCUGCUCGGUCGGACGCAGAGCUGGGACGAUGGCUGCGAUCAGGACGGGGUGAGCCCUGAGGCCCUUUUCAGCCGCUACCCUCAGCUGAACAGCAUCCUGCUCAAGGAGUUAGCCACGGCUGCAGAGGAAUCCACAGGCCCCCAAAAGGGGAGGUUUCGACUCUGCCCGUCCCUCUACGCCAUCCUCACCUUCCUGGCAAAACUCCAGCCUGGUGGCACAGAUACGUGGAAUAGUGAUACCAACGCCUGCUUCCUGGAGCCCCUUGUCCAGCUUUCCGGAAACCCCAUACAUGCUGUGAGGAUGAUGGCAGCCAAGGCCUUGGUCCCGUUAGUUCCUGCAACGGAAUACGGAGGUGUUCUCUUCCGACUGGCCUCGGGUUUGCCGCUGCCGGGUGAUGAGCUUUGCCACAACGCCCUGCAUGGCAGACUGCUGCAGCUCCAGGGCUUGCUGGCUCAGGCGCUAAAUGCAAACUGUCUUCCCCCCGACGUGCUGCUCUCCAUCGCUGGCCAGUUGGAAGACCGCCUCUGGUUGCUCACCCCCACACAGCCAUGUCCCCUCGUUCGCACGGCCUACCUCCAAGCCGUUUCUCUCCUGACUGGAAGCUGUUCUCAAGAUUUUGAGCAGCGAGUUCGAGAGGUGGUGAGCAGCAACCUGGCCAACUCCGAGACCUUAGUGAAGCCUGGUGCAUCUCAGGUUCAGAUCGGUUCUGCCACAUUCUGCCAGCAGGCGGCCUGCUUCCUUUGUCAUGAGGCCGCGAGAUCAGGAGCUCCGGAGAGAAUUGGCGAAGUUUGCUUGCUCCUGCAAAGGGGGAACAUCGAUGUGCAAGUAGCCAUUCUGACCUGGGUGAUUGAAAAGGAGGAGGAAAACUGUCUGGAUUCUAGCAAGGAGUUGCAAAUAGUGUUAUUGGAGAAACUAGGUCAGAUGCUGAAAGGAGGGGCCACCAACGUGCUUCUGAAGUUAUACCUAGAAGCUUGUGUGCAUCUCUGUAGCAAGCUGAGCUUUCGGAGCCCGGCUUCUUCUCACGAGCUGCAGGGAGCUGUGCUCGCAGAGAUCAAGAGAGGCCUGCUCUCCAUGGUGGGGAACGAUGAUCUCAGUCCAGAGCUUCUGGGACAUGCACUGUGUCUUAUCCCUUUGCUCCUGACUCCAAGUACUGAGGAUUAUCCAUUACUGGAAGAGUGGUGUGCAGCCAUCGACCAGUGCAGCGACCCCCUGUCUUCAGAGGUGCUCAGAAUGGCUGUGGCAAAGUCGCUGAGAACGUCUGGAGCCGAUGUGCUUUGGAGAGCCAAAGAAUCCUCCAGCUCAUCCCUUCGUGCCCUGGCUGUACGCCUGGUUGGUGUGGCCGUUCGCCUGCUUCAGGACGAAGACCAGCAAGUGAGGCACGAGGCUUCCAUCUUUGCCAGCCUUGUGGCGCAACGGCGGCAGGUGGCCUCGGGGCUCCCCCCUCAAAGCGGCUGCAUCUUGCUUCAGAGCAACAAGGGCCUGGUUCUCCUGUUGCAGUGCCUGCUGGAGAAGUUUGGGGAUUGCCCAGAAGCCUUUGCAACUCUGGUGUGUCACCUUCCCUCCACGGACCUCGGAGACGCCUUGACAGAGUUAGAAGCCAAAGGGGUCGUCAGUCUUUACAAAGAGGACGAGCCCAACGUUUACGCAGAACCAGUUAUCCUUUCUCAAACGCUGCUGCCUUUUCUGCUCCAGCUGCUUGGCAGAGCAUCCACCUCCCUGAAGCUUUGGGUACCGAUGCAGCACUGGCUAAAAGCCACUGGGCCCGGAGUCUUUUCCAGCCUCCAUCGCUGCAGGCUGUGGUGGAGCCAAGCCGACAGUGCUUCUCUGCGCCUGAAGGCUCUGGGUUGUCCAAAAGUCCAUGUUGCCAUCGCAGCACUGCUGGUCAAGGCUGUCCUUGUGGCAAACAUGCUGGAGGUCCUGGAAAAGACGAGUCACCCCAAUGUCGAAGGGAUUGACUUCACCGCCCAGAAGCUGAGAUGUAUGGCUUUGUCUACUCAGAAGCUGCUGACUCAACAUGGAAUGACUCUUGCAAUCAACUUGGAGACAGGGCAGGAGUCAUUCUGAUUUAUUUCUUUAGUGACUCACUAAGGGCUUUUUUUAAAUAAUAAAAAAUCCAUAAAGGAGAAAGAGGCUGCUACUUGGGAGAUCACCAUUGCAUCCUCUUACCCAAAACAGAGGGACUUGCUGCCCCAAAAUGCAAAUUUCCAUUGAUGCAGGCCUCUUCCAAAUGGCCAAAUGGAAUAGCUUUCCUUCCACCUAAAUAUGUUUUGGAGGUUUCUCAAGAUGAAAGGCUUGCAUGUCAGAGCUCAGCUCUAAGAAGCAAUUGGGCAGGAGGUGGGAAGUCAAGCCAGGAAAGACCAGGCAACAGACAGGAAGUCUCUAUGGCUCUUCCUGUUGAGGCCAAUCAGUAGCCUUGGUGGGUGGAAUCACGCCAGUGCCUAGCGAUCCUCUGCUAGAGGCAGGGAGAACUGUUGGUGCUCCAGAUGUAUCGAUGAACUACAACUCCAGCCCCAGCAAGCAUGACCAAUGGCCAGCCAUGAUGGGAGUUGUAGUUCAGCAACAUCUGAGGGUGGGCAAAAGUUUCUCCUUCCCUGCCCUAAAGAGUGUUGACUUCCCCCAGGCAAACAUGCUUCCAAGGUAAGGAGGACAGCCUGCAACUUAACAGUCUGCACUAUUGUGGGGUAGAUUUUUACUGUGAAUCCAGCUCAGUUUUUUCUCUCUCAGCUGGCUGCAUUUUACUGCAUCCGUUUUCAAGGCUCGCUUCUUUGCUCUUGUUCUAAGGAGCUAAAGAUCCCGCUAGAGGGCUGAGGAAAAUAAACUUGCCAAGCGGAAUAUGAACAAAAUGAGCUUGUACCAGAUUUUCUCAUUUUAAUAGAGGGGGAUUUUUUAAAAGGAAGGAAAGAACGAACGAACAUGAAUGUUGUUAAUUCCUGCGAAUUGAUUCGCGUGUGUGUGUGUGGUUUUCAGUCAGUUAAGAAUGGAGACAUGACGUGGUCAUCAUAACUUAUUGGCUCCCAGUCCGUUUCCAAGCACAAUUCAAAGUGUUGGUGCCGACCUUUAAAGCAGGGGUCUCCAAAUUAAGUCCCGGGGGCCGGAUGCGGCCCAAUCACCUUCUAAAUCCGGCCCGCGGACAGUCGGGGAAUCAGCAUGUUUUUACAUGAGUAGAAUGUGUCCUUUUAUUUAAAAUGCAUCUCUGAGUUAUUUGUGGGGCACAGGAAUUCGUUCAUUCCCCCGCCCAAAA